CCCUCUUCUUCUUGUCAUAGAAGCUCACUCCCCAUUCUCAUAGAGAGGGAGACUUGAACUUGCACAAUGAGAACUCCGUUGUCCUUCUCAUUGCUCCUAGUCGGGGCGCUUGUAGUCUUCUCGGCGGUGGCCGGGGAAAGGGAAUUCAGCCGCGGAGGAGGAGAUGCGGCCCGGGUGGCGCCGGAGAAGGUGAGGCUGGACACGGGCGGGCUGAGCCGGAAGAGCUUCCCAAAGGGGUUCAUCUUCGGGACGGCCACGUCGGCCUAUCAGGUCGAGGGCAUGGCCCACAAGGAAGGCCGUGGGCCCAGCAUUUGGGACGCCUUCGUCAAAAUCCCCGGGAUCGUGGCCAAUAAUGCCACAGCUGAUGUUACAGUGGACCAGUACCACCGAUACAAGGAAGAUAUCAAUCUUAUGCAAAAGCUAAACUUCGAUGCGUACAGAUUCUCCAUUUCCUGGUCGAGAAUUUUCCCUGAUGGAACUGGGAGGGUCAAUUGGAAAGGUGUUGCGUACUACAAUAGGUUGAUCAACUACCUUAUUGAAAAAGGAAUUACUCCGUAUGCUAAUCUAUACCAUUAUGAUCUUCCCCUGGCACUCGAGAAGAAGUACAAAGGACUGCUGAGCCCUCGAGUCGUGAAGGAUUUUGCAGAUUACGCAGACUUUUGCUUUAAGACGUUCGGAGACAGAGUCAAGAACUGGAUGACUUUCAAUGAACCGAGAGUAGUUGCUGCCCUCGGGUAUGACAACGGGUUCUUUGCCCCGGGAAGGUGCUCCAAGGCGUUCGGGAACUGUACUGCUGGAAACUCGGCGACAGAGCCUUACAUUGUCGCCCAUCAUUUGAUCCUAUCUCACGCUGCUGCGGUUAAAAGAUACCGUGAGAAAUAUCUGGCGACACAAAAGGGACGGAUUGGUAUUCUAUUGGAUUUUGUGUGGUAUGAGCCUCUUACCCGAUCAAAGGCGGACAACUUGGCAGCUCAACGGGCAAGAGACUUUCAUGUUGGGUGGUUUAUCCACCCGAUUGUCUAUGGAGAGUAUCCAAAGACGAUGCAGAACAUCGUUGGAAAUAGGCUCCCAAAGUUCACAAAAAAGAAGGCUAAGAUGGUGAAGGGCUCGAUAGAUUUUGUCGGGAUUAAUCAAUACACGACUUACUACAUGUACGAUCCACACCAGAAAAAGUCCAAGGACCUGGGCUACCAACAGGACUGGAACGCUGGGUUCGCUUAUGCCAAGAGGGGAAAGCCGGUCGGUCCACGGGCGAAUUCUUACUGGCUGUACAAUGUACCAUGGGGUAUGUACAAGGCUCUCAUGUACAUAAAGGAGCGCUACGGGAACCCAAACGUGAUUCUGUCAGAGAACGGAAUGGAUGACCCGGGAAAUGUCACACUUGCCAAAGGAUUGCACGACACCACGAGGAUCAACUUCUACAAGGGCUACUUGACUAAGUUGAAAAAGGCAGUUGAUGAUGGAGCACAUAUAACAGGUUACUUUGCCUGGUCAUUGCUUGAUAACUUCGAGUGGAGAUUGGGCUACACUUCACGAUUCGGGAUUGUUUAUGUCGAUUACUCCAACCUCAAGAGGUACCCGAAGAUGUCCGCCUACUGGUUCCAAAAGCUAAUUGCCCGAAAGAAGCACUAAGAGCAUCACAGUUCCUGUUUUAGGUUGUUUGGUAAAUAAUAAGUUGCAGCAAAGUGCAGCUCUUUGUUCAAGAUUAGAACUUGUAGUUUGUGUAAGGUUUUCACCUAAACAGAUGUACCGAGCAUUUGUGAUGUUAGGCUGGCGAUGAGUGGCGAAGUUCUGAAUGCCUUUUUGAUCCA